CGCAGGAAGUGGCCUACAUUGAAUGCACAAAAUAUUGUUUCCACACAGUACAAAGAUAGAUUGCACAAUCGUCUUUGUGCCUGCUUGGAUUCCACCACUAAUCGAACGAAGCUGCCUGGCACUUUCCUUCUCACCUUGCACUGUCACCACACGACCCACUCCAACCACCACCUUCUUCCCUGAAUCAUCACCAUUUUCCUUCCCAGCUUCAAGCAGCCAAACGGAAGACACCAACCAGCUACUGCGAUUCUUGCGGACAACUUGACUCCAUGCAUGUUGCUGCUCAACCUUUCAUCACUAACGGGCAUGCCACAAUCCAGCAGUAGCAUCUGGUUGGUCAGGUCGGCGAUGUCCAUGCUGAUUCCUGCCUAGCCAUUGACCAAUAAUACAUCCUGUUGUUGCAACGCCUCUCCGCUUCCGGCCAUUGCUCAGCUCAUCGGACUCAGAUCGAGAUCCUACUCCACGACCAAGCUAGAACGAACAACAGUGGCACUGCCUCACCAAUUCUGGCCAUUGCACAGCUCGUCAACUUGAGCAAAAACGGAAGUUCCCAAUCAUGGCCGGUGUCCUAGAUGCUUUGGCAUCCUACAUCCAAAACAUGCUUCUGCAGAUGGCGGCAGAAGAGGUGCAUAUGUUGCUUGGGGUGUCCGGUGAGAUUGACAACAUGGACAUCAAGCUUCGGGAUCUAAAGAACAUCCUUGCUGAUGCUGAUAGGAGGAACAUCACUGACAAAAGCGUCCUAGCAUGGGGGAUAGAGCUAAGGAAUGCUAUGUAUGAUGCCACUGAUAUCCUCGACCUUUGCAAGCUCAAGGCUAUGGAGCAAGGCCAAAGGCAUGAUGCCGGAUGCUUCAACCCGUUGCUCUUCUGCAUACGGAAUCCCCUACAUGCCCACGAUAUUGGAAGCCGCAUCAAGAACCUUAACAAGAGGCUAGACGACAUCAAGGCACGUGGUGCAUCAUUCAACUUCCUGAACCUUAGUACUUAUGAGGAUCGUGGAAGAAAUGUGAUAUCAUAUGGUUCUAGUACCCGUGAGACAUCGGGGGGCCUUGUUGAGUCUGGUUUGGUUGGUGAGAAGAUUGAAGAGGACACAAUAAAUCUUGUGGAGAUGCUAACAAAGAAGUAUCCUACCGACGACAACAAAUCCAACAAAAUAAUGGUUUUCUCUAUUGUGGGAGCUGGUGGGAUUGGUAAAACCACCCUUGCUCAAAAGAUCUUCAACAAUGAAGUCAUAAAGGAUGAGUUCAAAAAGAAAAUAUGGUUGAGUGUCAACCAAGGCUUUGAUGAUAUUGAAAUGUUAAGGAGGGUUAUUAUCGAAGCUGGUGGAAACCACCAUGAUUGUGGAAAUGCAAAGGUGUCACUAGAACACACUCUAAUAGAAGCUUUGAAGGGACAAAAAACCUUAUUAAUAAUAGAUGAUGUCUGGGACAGCCGUAUAUGGGAAGGCGUGCUUAGAACUCCCUUUGUCAAUGCCAUGCUAGCUGAAGGUAGCCGUGUGCUGGUCACCACAAGGCAUGACACAGUGGCACGUCAGAUGAAGGCGGAGGAGCCCUACCAUCGUAUUGACAGACUUGGGCUUGAAGAUGCAUGGAUGCUGCUCAAGAAGCAGGCUGUCAGAGAUGUGAAUGAUGAGCCGCAGGUUGAAAAUUUAAAGGAUAUUGGCUUGAUACUUGUAAAAAAAUGUGAUGGUUUACCUCUUGGGAUCAAAGUAAUGGGAGGUCUCCUGAGUCGGAAAAGGAUAACACGAACCGACUGGCAAAAGGUCUUAGAUGAUUCUCUAUGGUCAAUAUCACAAAUGCCUGAAGAGCUAAAUUAUGCAGUAUAUCUUAGCUAUGAAGAUCUAGACCCUUGUUUGAAGCCUUGUUUUUUGCACUACUCCCUCCUCCCUAGGGGUACAGUUUUUUUUGUUCAUGAAAUUGUUGGAAUGUGGAUUGGUGAAGGAUAUGUUCAUGGAACAUUACGUGACGACCUAGAAGAAAUAGGAAGGGAAUAUUAUAAUGAGUUAAUACAGCGGAACCUUAUUGAGCCAGAUAUCAAGUUUAUUGAUCAAAGUGUUUGCAACAUGCAUGAUGUUGUCCGGUCAUUUGCUCAGAACAUGUUCCGAGACGAAGCACUCAUAACUCACAAUAGUAGAAUUGGGAUUGACAAGCUUAAAGCACAAAAGUUUAUGCGGUUAUCUCUCGAAAGCAAACAAUCGGAACAAUCUGAUUUGGAGUGGUGUUCUCUACAAACACAAAUGUCACUGAGAACAAUGCUUUUAUUUGGUAAUAUAAAGAUUCAACCAGGUGAUUCAUUUCGUUCUUUUUCAAGUCUCCGAACACUACACUUGGGCAGUGUAAAUAUUGUUGCAAUACCCGAAUCUUUGUAUCAGCUGAAACAUCUGAGGUAUCUGUCAAUAGAAAACAGUAAUAUAUCUAAGUUAUCAGAAGACAUUGGCAAGUUGAAAUUCUUGCAGUUCAUUAGCCUUUUUGGUUGUCCGAGUUUGACCAAGCUUCCCAGUAGCAUUGGACUGCUACAUGACUUGAGGUAUCUCUGUCUUCACAGAACAAAUAUAAGUGUUGUACCAAGGGAUUUUUGUGGUCUAACUUCUUUGAGGAAAUUAUAUGGAUUUCCAGCCCACAUGGACUGUGACCGUUGUAGUUUGGAGGAACUUGGGCCUCUCUCCCAGCUAACUGAACUUAAUAUCAGUUUCUUGGAGAAUGUAGCUUCUUCCUCAUCUGCUAUACAGGCCAAACUUGGUGGAAAGAAGCGCCUAAGGUAUCUCUCACUGGGUUGCACCAGUAGACUUGGAGAUGAUGGCCUGUUGGUAAAAAAGGAAGAAGGGAUCUCUGAGAAAGCCAAGAGACAAAUCGAGGAGGUCUUUGAUGAGCUCUGCCCUCCGCUUGGCUUAGAAAACCUUAACAUUGAAGGGUAUUUCGGUGAGCGGCUCCCAAGAUGGAUGAUGUCAGCAGCAGCAGUUAUGCCGCUUAGGAGCUUGAGGACUGUUACGAUGGACAACUUGGCCUGCUGCACAGAGCUUCCUAGUGGCUUGAGUCAGCUCCCCUGCUUGGAGCUUCUGCAGAUUGUUCGUGCCCCAGCCAUCAAGUGUGUUGGGCAUGAAUGGCUACAACCAAACAAUCAAUUAGGUUUUGCGUUUCCCAGACUGCAGGAGCUGCACUUUGAGGGAAUGGUCGAAUGGGAGGAAUGGGAGUGGGAGGAACAAGUGAAAGGCAUGCCUAUCUUGGAGUUGCUUAAACUGAAAAUGUGCAAGUUGAGGCGUGUGCCACCAGGCCUGGCCUUCCACGCAAGGGCUUUGAAGAAGUUAUGUAUAUAUGGUGUGAAGCAUCUAAGCUCUUUGGAGAACUUUGCUUCUGUGGUCCACCUGGACGUGUUUAGAAACACUCACCUGGAGAGGAUCAGUAAUCUACCAAAACUGCAGAAGCUCGUCAUCGUCAUGUGCCCAAAGCUGAAGGUAGUGGAUGGCAUGCCUGCACUCCAGAGACUCAAUCUGGAGGAUUAUGACAUGGAAACAGUCCCCAGGUAUCUGCAGGAUGUAAACCCAAGGCAUUUGCUGCUGCAUUGUUCCAUAUCGCUGCUCACAUGCAUAGCAGCAGGGAAAUCUGGUCCUCAGUGGGACAAGUUCAGCCACAUCCAGCAAGUCAAAGCUGCAAAUGAAGAAGGCUGUCCAAGGAAGUGGUAUGUGCUCUACACAAGGAACCCUUACCGCUUCGAGACAAAUAUCAGCCGCUCUGCUAUUGCCCAAGCUCACGGACGCCGCAUAUGGCUUGCUUACUCGGAAACAUGUCCCAUUGAAGAUGAGUGGCCCACAGGAGGACACACGUAUGUAGAAAAACGUAUGCCCCUCUGCGUACGCUUCAGGUGCAACGCCUAUCGCCACUUGAAUGGCUGGUUUGAUGAAGCGUGCCUGCACUGCCAUGAAGCCGACAACAUCGCUUCCCCAUCUGAUCAGUGGACCCAAGGAGAAGUGCUUUCAGCCCGUAUAAAGACUGUUUGGGCAUGAGUGGAGGAAACGUCUUUAGUUUAGUGUACUUGAUGCUUACUUGGAAGGAAAGGGACUUAGCUGCACGUCACACACUUAUUCAUUUAGAGACCUUGUGUUUUAAUAAAUAAUAAUUUGGUUUGCUUAUUGGUUUUGAAGGCGGUUGUUAAAGUGUGGGUGUUAAACUUAAUUCUUGUUGAAGUAACUUAUUUGCGUUAGGAUGUUCAUUAAUCCUAGUUUGGUAUUUCAGUAUUUUUUUUUAUAUUUUAUUCUUCCGCUUGCUAUAAAUACAAAGAAGAUACUGUCAAAUUGUUUAUGGUUGUGUGCAGCUGUUGUUUGUGUAGUCUAGUAGCAUCCCGGUGUAUUUGUGGUUUUCGGGGUGUUACAUAUACAGUAUGGACACAUGCCACAUUGCAGAAAUAAAUGUUCUAUCUGCUACUGAACAUGUACACAGAUUGCAAAAUUA